AUGGGCGGCCUCUGGCCAUGGGUGCUGGGUCUGCUCUCUUUGCCAGGUUUGAUCCUAGGAGCACCCUCUGCCUGCACUUCCCCAGAAGCCUGUGGAACCAGCUUCUCAGAGGGCCUCAACCCUGAGGAGACCCAGACGUCCUGGGACAAGGACAUCCCUGCGAUUAACCAAGGGCUCAUCCCAGAGGAAUCCCCUGAGAGCAGCUUCCUCCUGGAGGGGGAUAUCCUUCGGCCAAGUCCCUUCCAGGUGUUCUCAGCGAGCAGCAACAAGUGGCCUAAGAACGGGGGUGUUGUGGAGGUCCCCUUCCUGCUCUCCAGCAAGUAUGAUAAAGCCAGCCGUGAGGUCCUCCUGAGGGCAUUUGCGGAGUUUGAGCGGUUCACGUGCAUCCGGUUUGUUGCCUACCGGGGCCAGAGAGACUUCAUUUCCAUCAUCCCCAUGUCUGGGUGUUUCUCCAGCGUGGGACGCAGUGGAGGGAUGCAGGUGGUGUCCCUAGCACCCACCUGUCUCCAGAAAGGCCCAGGCAUUGUCCUGCAUGAGCUCAUGCAUGUGCUGGGCUUCUGGCAUGAGCACUCACGGGCUGAUCGGGACCGCUAUAUUCGUAUCAAUUGGAACGAGAUCCUCCCAGGCUUUGAAAUCAACUUCAUCAAGUCUCAGAGCAGCAACAUGUUGGUGCCCUAUGACUACUCAUCAGUGCUGCACUAUGGGAGGUUUGCCUUCAGCCGGCGGGGGCUGCCCACCAUCACACCCCUCUGGGCUCCCAGUGUCCAAAUUGGCCAGCGAUGGAAUCUGAGCACCUCGGACAUCACACGGGUCCUCAGGCUUUAUGACUGCAACCCGAGUGGCCAAGGCCCCCGUGGUGGAGGGUUCCAGCCCCACAGCAAUGGUAGGAGCCCUACUCCUGCCCCUAGACCAUCCCUGCAGCGGCUUCUGAAGGCAUUGUUGGCAGAAUCUGGGAACCCUGACGCCAGUGGCCCCAAGGCAGGAGGCCGACAUGUUGCUGCAGGGCCCCUAGAGAGCUCACAUAGCUGGGAGCUCCCUGCACAGAGGAAGGUCGCUAUGGGGGCCUCUGCAAGGCUGCCUCAGACCCCGGCUUCCUCCCUGAACUCCAGGCCUGGAGCAGGUGUUCCUGGUGUUCUAAAGAGGUCCCAACUGGCCCAAGCCCCCUCUGUACCCCCAACUACAUCUCCAGAAGCAGAAGGCCAGGCGCGGCUCCUGGCUAGAGCCAGCGAGCGGAACCGGCGCCUCGGCCUCUGCGCCGCCUCCCACCAUCGGUGGCGCGACCCCCCGGCCGGCCCGCCGGGCCCCGCGUCCCAGCGUAGGUCCAGCAGCCUCAGAGCGGGAGGGCACACGUUCGGCCUGGCCAUGGGGCUCCAGCGCCUUCCGCGCCGCCAGGGGGUUGAUCCUCCCGUCUAG